AUGGCUAACCAAUCUCGAGUUCCCGCAUCCGCAGAGUCCGGAAUAUUCACUCAACUUGAGAAAUUACCGAAUACCUAUACUUCUGACAUCAGCUUGCAACGAAUGCUAGGAUGGUACCUUCCUGCAGAGACCCUCAACUUGGUUGAACCCCAUCUUACUCAAUUUGGCGAGGAGGCCGUUUCACCCCAAGUUUUUGCAUGGAACGCCGACGCAGAGACCAACCUGCCAUAUGUCAAGAAAUACAAUGUCUGGGGCCAGCGGUAUGGGUAUGACAAACUGAUUACGACUGAUGGAUGGAAGCAGUUAGGAAAGUGGGGGGCUAAGCAUGGGGUUGUUUCGCUGGGAUACGACCACACGUACGGCGUUGAUAGGCGCACUGUUCAGUAUGCUGCCGUGUAUCUAUACGCCCCCUCGUCGUCCAUGUACAGAUGUCCGAUGAGUAUGUCCGAUGGGGCGGCAUUUAUACUGUCACAGCGACUCAAAGAUCUGCCGAGUGACCAUAUUUUGCACACUGUCUUUCGAAGACUGACCUCCAGAGGAGAUGACUACUGGACAUCGGGCCAGUGGAUGACAGAAAGAGCAGGCGGGAGCGACGUGCAAAACACAGAGACAUGGGCUACCUAUGCACCCUUGCCCCAGGAAUCAAAAACACCCGAUGUCCUUGCUGAGGGAGACUACCUGAUCAGCGGGUUCAAGUUCUUUUCCUCCGCGACAGACGCCAAUGUCGCAUUUCUCUUAGCCAAAACAGCAUCUGGGAAACUGAGCACAUUUAUCGCGCCACUACGAAAGACGUCCAUCGGAGCCGAUGGAAAGCCAGAAGAAGUAUCCAAUGGUGUGCGCAUCCACCGACUGAAGAACAAGCUUGGUACCAAGGAACUACCCACAGCUGAACUGGAACUGAAUGGUAUGCGCGCUCACCUAGUCGGUGAACUCGAUCAGGGCAUUGUGACUAUUGCUCCAUUAUUGAAUACCACCCGCAUCCAGACACUUCUUGGAACAUUGUCAACCUGGCGCCGUGCGAUUAGCAUCACGAAGAACUUUGCCAAGUCGCGGAGUACUGUCGGCGAGCCAUUGUGGCUGAUUCCGAUGCACCUGCGCGUUCUUGCGGAUGUGGAGGUCAAGCAUCGCGGCGCUAUAAAUCUUACUUUCUUCACAAUUGCAGUGAUGAGCUUGAUUGAAAACAUGUCCAGCUCCGCGAGACAUGCACACAUGCCCAAGGAUCUUGCCGAAGCAAAGGUCGUCUUCCGGGUCCUAACUGCCACAUGCAAGGGUGUUGUUAGCAAGAUGUCGAUGGUGGGUGUUCAGGAAUGCCAGGAAGCGAUGGGUGGAGUUGGGUACAUUGAUGAGCCGGACGAGCCUGAGUUUAACAUUUCUCGUCUUCUCCGUGCUGCAGCCGUCUAUCCGAUCUGGGAGGGGACCACAAAUGUCUUGGCUAGUGAACUCGUCCGCUUCCUGGUGAAAGGAAAUACCCUGUCGGUUUUGUCAGAGUGGCUCAAUCGUGUUUUGUCUCUGAUCCGCACACAGUCUCUCGGGGAUGCAUUGAAGCAGGCUCAGAUUUCUUUCCUUUCUCGCGUGUCAUCUACUCGUCCACCGGCUGCGUUGCUGGCUGAUGCCCGGAGAAUUAUGUUCACAUUCGCCUGGAUACUUUCCGGGGCUCUCCUGGCCUUGGAUGGGGAGCGUGAUGGAGACGAGGCCGCCAUGGAGAUUGCUCGCAGGUGGAUAAUGUUAGGCGAGGGUGGUGUGGGCGAGUUUGUCUACCGGGAUAUUGUCAAGCCGUAUCAAGGCUUCGAUUCAGCUUCGGACAGUGUUGAGCAUACACGGUUGGAUUGUAGGAUUGCUUGGGGUGUUGAAUUGCCGCCGAAUGUGGUAUACGGGCAUCGGUCUUUGAGCGAGUCCGCCAAACUGUAG